GUCAUUUAAUUUGCCCUUGGCCAUGUUGGAUAUUUGAUCUGCUUCUAGUAAAGUGUUUUUAGCUCUGGAAAGGAAGAUGACUUCUCUAAACGUUUAAUAGUUGCUCAAAAAACAGUCUCCUUGGAGACAUGGACAUUGGGGUAGUAUAAGGAUGAUGGGCAGAAGAGACUUCGUGGCCCUUGCUGAAGCUCUUUGUAGGGAAAGGUUGGUUGCCGAUAUGAGAGUCUUCCCACCUGAGGUGGCUGUCCUCAGUAGGAGGGAAGCUCUUAUAAGGGGACGUCACUGAUAGCUCUCUAGUCUGCCAAAUUAAGCUGUCUGCUUUCUUGAACCCAAGAGAGGACAAAAGUCAGCGAGAAAAGAACGGGAAGAAAAAGCCUUUGUAGGAAACGGAAGAUUUGCACUGGUGUUCUGAGUUGUUUUGGUGGUGAAAGGAACUUGAUAAGCCAGAAAGAUGCGUGAGUAUACUGAAAAGAAGGAAACAUGUGGGACCAUCUGUCUCAAAUACCUGCUUUUCAUCUUCAACUUCUUUUUCUGGCUGGCUGGCGGGGCUGUGAUGGCAGUGGGCAUCUGGACCCUAGCUGAGAAGAGUGACUACAUCAGCCUGCUCUCCUCCAGUACAUAUUCGGCAACUGCCUAUAUUCUAGUUGUGGCAGGAGUAGUUGUCAUGGUUACUGGCAUCCUUGGUUGCUGUGCCACCUUCAAAGAGCGUCGGAAUUUGCUAAGAGUGUACUUCAUAUUGUUGCUGUGCAUCUUCUUCCUUGAGAUCAUUGCUGGAAUCCUGGCCUAUAUCUAUUACCAGCAGCUAAGCAUGGAGCUGAAGCAAAACCUGAAGAACACCAUGACCCAGAAGUAUCAGAAAGAGGGAGAAGAGAGUGUUACCAAUGCCGUAGACAAACUGCAGCAGAAGUUCAAGUGCUGCGGGAGCAACAACUACACAGACUGGACUGACAGCCUGUGGAUCAGAUCUCCAGAGGCCAAUGGACGGAAGGUCCCAGACAGCUGCUGUAAGACUAUAACCGACCUAUGUGGCCGAAGAGACCAUCCUUCCAACAUCUACAAGGAGAAUGGCUGCAUUACCAAGCUGGAAAACUUCAUUCAAGAGCAUCUGAAAAUUAUUGGAGCAGUGGGGAUUAGCAUUGCUUGUGUGCAGAUCUUUGGAAUGAUUUUCACCUGCUGCUUGUACAGGAGUUUAAAGCCAGAACCAUAUUAAGAGCUGCAGGAACUGUCAGCUCCCCCUCUGCCACCUCCCUUAGCGCCUGCCAACCUCACCACCCUCCACCACCAGCACAGAAGUGUCAGUAACCUGAGGACUUGGCUCUGUAAUGAAAAGCCUCUGGGACUAUGCGCUGUAUCACCUGCCCAUCUUGGGAAAAGUCACCCUCCUUGUCGUGUACAAGGCAGGCAGGUGUGCAGCAGAUUCUCUUCAUUCUCAAGAUGCAGCUGAGCUUUGGGUCUUCUGCUAGAAGCCUUAGCAAAACAGACCGCUGGUACAACCAAAGCAAGAUUAUCAGAGCCGUUUUUCUUGAGGCUCUUCCUGAGCCGGCAUGAAGAUAUCAAGAUACUAUACAAGAACCUUAGUUUGCUCUCUGAUAAGUGGCUCAACAGCAGUAUGCAUUGACUGUGAGGACAGAUGAUGUUUCUGGGCCAAGCUGGAGCCAGGGCUGAGUCUCUCAUACAAAGAAGAUUUCUCUCUCCCCUAAGUGCACAUUGAUGUCUUAACACAGCUGUUUUCCAUCUGACAGGAUGUCUGCUUGGUUGCUUGGGGGCAGAAACCACUGUCCAUUCUACUUGGGAACAUAACUUGGUGCAACUGAAGUCUUGUGAUGGCUCCAUUGCCUUAGGAUUAAUCAGUGAUCCUUCCUCUUCUUCCUUGAAGCUUUCACCCAACCCAGUGCCAUUAGGAGCCACAAGAGGCCUUUUGUCUGUAGUUAUUCUAUAGCAAAGACAUUGAACUCAGUUCUAGUUCUUUUUGGUCUAGUUGUAUUUAGUGGCUUCUGGUGUGAAUGAGAAAAAAAAUUAAUUUGUUUCCUGCCUACCUUCUGCUGAGAUGUGGUGAAGAACUAGUCCUUUGGCCUAUUAGCAGAAAUAUCCUCUCAUGUCUCUUACACAUUGAGAGAUGCCUUGGGCCUGAUGGUGUAAUUACAGUCUCCAAGCUUGUCUUUUUUGGACAGGAAAUGAAUAUGUACAAAUGUUAUGUCAACCUCCAAAGAAUUUGUUAAUGAGCUGAGGAUUUUCUGGCUUUAAGGAGACCUGGAAGCCAAUUUUCCUGACCCUCUCAGCAAUAACCAGUAUAAUCAGCUUCACCCAAUUGCCCCAGUGUAUUUGCUAAAUUGAGAGAGCUGGGUUAUGAAUUAACUGUCUGUGGGUUAUGAAUUAACUGUCUGGUUGCUGUAGAGGAAUAGAGCUAAUUAAAUGUUCUCUCUUCACUGGGAUCCAGGAUAUGUACAGGACACAGACAUCACUACUGCCAUGAUUUUUUUUCCAGGGGCUAUGGAUCAUGUCAACAGGAUCUUAACCUGAAUUCACAGGAGCUUCUGUGCUGCUCCCAUCCUGGGGAUUUGGGUUGUUUUUUCCCUAAUUGUCCUGGAAAGGGUGUAGAAUUUUCUUCAGUAAGUCUGCCUGGUAAUGCUAGGGUGCUGUUUUUACCUUUCUGAUAUGCCUGUUAAACCUAUGAGGAAGAAAGGGCUGUGGAGUUCGGAGGAUUAUUUUUAAGCAGUUAAAACAAGCCCUUCCAUAAACAAAGUAAGUUAUACAUUCUCUUGGCCUUUUAGUGGCAUAGACUGAGCCCUGUCCCCUGGCAGACAAACAGUUAACGUUCACAAAAUUAGCCAGUUUUCCAAAGGGUCUUGCAGCAUUGUGGAGGUUUUGAUUCACAGAGCAGAAACCUUGGGCUGGCUCCUGCAAGGGGGCUAAUGGGUGGCAAGUUAAGAUUCAGAGCAGGUGAAUCUGAAAUUCCCACGCUGGCAUCCGCACCACUAAAUAAUCCUUAGUACUAAUGCAGAGAGGUGGAGGAGCUCAGGUGUAUCCUUGUUCCCAAGCAAGGGGAAAGAGGGGGAAGAAAUCUAAAUUAUUGCAUAAUGAUCUAAAGGAGAAAUCUCUAAGUUAUUUCUUGUUUUCUAUUCACAUUUCUGACAAGUAUUGACUACUAACUAAGAGGAAAAUAUUGAGCAUGUUGCUUGAAGCAAUAUUUCUAGUUUCUUAAGCGUAUCUUCAUAGCUGCCUUUGCCCAUUCCCUUCAAGUAUGUUUUACAGGGGUGGGAGAGGCCAGGAAGAGUGAGAUAUGACAGUAAGUUGGCUUGUGUCCUUUGAGUUGUUUUAUACUUUUUCUUUGUGUAAUAAUAUUCAUUGCUUUUUUGUUUUUUUUAACCGAGUUUAAGUUGCUGGCCAAUAGAAAAAAUAAAGCUUAAGAUUCUA